AUGGGUUUCAAACUUUUUGCACCACCUACAAAACAUAAGGAUCCUGGAAAUUAUGUUUAUCCAAAUUUAACAGAUUCAACUGGAAGUCUCAAUGAAUUGCCUUAUACUUUUCUUGAUGAAAGAAGAAUCUGUGACUUGUUGGAUAGCGAAGAGCCAUAUUGGGCUUCGAAACGUAACAGAAAGUUGGUAACCAUCAAGGGAAAUGAAACCAUCAUCAAUGCGAUGGAGAUCAUGGCAAAGAAUCAAAUUCUAUCACUUCCAGUCGUUGAACCAGAGAAUGAAAAAGAGUUCAUGGGAUUCAUUGAUAUGGUUGAUAUCAUUCAUUCCAUUUUGUGUUAUUAUACAACAAAUGAAAAUACAAAGAAUUGUGAAAAUCAAUCAAAAUAUGAUAAUUUUAUUCCAGUCGAUUUCAGAGGUACUCUUCGCCAAUUGAUUUCAGAGGUGUUCCAAAAGGAUAUUCAUAGAGUCAUUGUAUUCAAUGAUGAUGCCGAUGGAAUUGGAAUUCUCAGCCAGACUGAUAUGAUCAAGUAUUUUUUGGAAAAUUUAGAUUCCCUCGGAGAAUGUGUUCACAAAUCUGUUGAUGAACUCAAACUCAUUGAUAACAAAGUUAUCUCCAUGCAUGAGAAUGGUAUUUCAAUCCAUGCCUUCUACCUUAUGCUUUUCCAUGCUGUCCCGGGCAUUGCUAUUGUCAAUGAAAAUAACGAUUUGGUAUCCUCUAUUAGUUUGUCUGAUUUAAGAGGAUUAAAUGCUGAUUCAUAUCCGAAUCUUUUGAAACCAACUGGAGAGUUCCUGAACAAUAAGAAGACAAUAACCUGUACCAAAGAAACAUCGUUGGAGGUGUUAAUGUUGACUAUGUUUGAACACAAGAUACAUAGAGUCUGGGUGGUUGACUCGAAAGAGUCUAAAAAAUGUAUAGGUGUGAUUACAAUGGUUGACAUUAUGAAAUACUUUGCUACCUACUAUGGAGCUAAACUUGCCACCAAAUAA